CACCUAGGGGAAAAUGCACCUGAUUUUGAAUCGGUAUAAUAUUUUUUAAGAUGUGUUUCAACACCGAGGAGGAAAUGGUCCUAAAGUAAAUUUAUAAUAAGUAAUAAAUGUGCUCCUGGAAGUAAAGUAUUUACAGCAAUUUAAUCCCUAUUUAUACCGUGCAUCUCAAACCGAGGAGGAAACACUGAGAAGACAAAAGUACCUCCGAGACCCUGAGAACUCCCCCACACCACCAUGAAUGAAACCGUGCCCGAUACAGUAACUGGAUUAUAAUUUUUGGUGUUAUUAAUUUUAUUAUUAUUGGCUGCUUUACUUUUUUGGGUUCAUCCUGCUCCUCUUCUUCCUCUCUCCCUUCCUCUUGCUGCUUCCUCUUGGGAAUUAUGGCUCAUCCGGGGAGAAGAGGCUACGAUAACCGGGAGAUAGUGCUGAAGUACAUCCACUAUAAACUCUCGCAGAGGGGAUACGACUGGGCUGCCGGCGAGGACAGGGCACCCCUGCCUCCGGGUCUCUCUCCUCCUCCUCCUGCUGCUGCUGCUGCUGCUGCUGGGACUUCCUCUGAUCACACUGGGCUGGUGUCUCCGCACCCCGAGCCCCCCGGCUCGGCUGCUGCUAGCCACGCACCCCCGGCCGAGGGGCUGCGCCCCGCGCCCCAGGUGGUCCACCUCGCCCUGCGCCAGGCCGGGGAUGAGUUCUCCCGCCGCUACCAGAGGGACUUUGCCCAAAUGUCCGGCCAGCUGCACCUGACCCCUUUCACGGCCAGGGGCCGCUUCGUGGCGGUGGUGGAGGAGCUCUUCCGAGACGGGGUUAACUGGGGCAGGAUCGUGGCCUUCUUCGAGUUCGGCGGCGUGAUGUGCGUGGAGAGCGUCAACCGGGAGAUGUCUCCCCUCGUGGACAGCAUCGCCACCUGGAUGACCGAGUACCUGAACCGGCACCUGCACAACUGGAUCCAGGACAAUGGAGGCUGGGAUGCCUUCGUGGAGUUGUAUGGCAACAGUAUGAGGCCUUUGUUCGAUUUCUCCUGGAUCUCUCUGAAGACUAUCCUGAGUCUGGUUCUGGUGGGAGCUUGCAUCACUCUUGGCGCUUAUCUCGGACAUAAGUAGAGUCACCCAGUUUAUCGUGGAUUACAAAAGUCUUUCAAAACAACAAAAUAAUAUUUUUUUUUCUGUAGCACAAUGAUAUUUUAUGAGCAAAACAACUUCCCAGCUAAAGAUUAAAUCAGCUAUUACUGCCAAAGGAAAUAUCAUUUAUUUUUACAUUGCAGGAAAAUUAUUUAUUAAAAGAUAUUUACAUUUUAACCUGCUAUUUUCAGAAACUCUGCAAGUUGUAUCUGUCAUCACAUCAUGUUGUUAUUCUUAACUUUAAUGAGCCCCAAAGUAUUUUAGGUCCUUUUUUUUUUUUAAUUAAUGCAGCUGGCUGGAUUAUUUUAUCUCUGAAGAGCAAAUAUACUGACAAAGACCUACCUGCUUACAUUCACGAGGGCAGUUACUUGAGCUGCUAAAGGCUGCGUAAUUGUGUUGAUUUUCCCUGCAUUUUUCCGGAUGGCUGGGAGGGAUCUGAAAGACAAGGUCAGCGUGAACAAAGUUCUCACCGUGUCCUGCUGGCAAGAACUGACAGCGCAAACGAUUCAACAUGGUACCUACGUGGAGUCAAGAUGGCACCUUCUUGAAGGACACCUGGCUAUCCCUACAGGAGAACAGUUGGAAAUAUGAUUGCCUAUGCCUUGUAAACAUGCGUUUUCAAGUUACUGGUUGUGCCAUCACGUCAUAAUCACAGUACCCUAAUACAUGUCAACUCAAAUACUUUUUUUUUUUUUUAAUAGAAGUGUGAAGUUAAAUCUUUGGAGCUUGCAGGAAAUUGCCGUUCCAAUGAUUUUCUCAGCAGUGAAACGUUUUUUUGCGGCUACUGACACAGAAACAUCAGGAGACCUUAAGUGCCUGCUUCGACAGAGCAGAGCUGGAGUCUGAAGACCUGACCUGUGUCCCACUUUAGUGGGCUCAUAUCUGCAACUAAUCCUGUUUACUUACUGAGUUCCUCCGGGGGUUUGAAACCAAUUAGAUGCGGUCUCUAAAUCCCUGAAAGUUGAAAAAGAUCUUAAUUUUAUUUGGCAAGAAGCAGACCUCAGCUGAGUUACAGAUUAGCUCUGACUAUCCUUGUUUAUCAAACUGGACACCAAAAUCAAGUUCAUUUUCAUAACAGGAAAAGAAAGUGAGCUUUAUCCUCCUGCCCCUCGCCCUCAAAAUUAUUUCAUGCUAGUUAACUUCCUAAGACUGUCUACAGAAGAAAAGAUGAUGAAGAAACUCCAAAUCCUCUCUCUGGACAGAGACUCUUUGACACCUCAGCCGCGCAGGUGCCUGCUGUCGUUUCAAGCGAAAAUAGGGUGGAGGAAAAGGGGGUGGGUGGGGGGGUGGGGGUGAAGUCACCUGCUCGUGUUACAAAAUGCAACUCAAGUCAAAUUGAUGCCGAGUACUCAGUGUGCAGUUUUAUAAACAGACCCGUGUUCUGAAACCAGAUGUGUCGAUGCGUUUUAAAGCGGGGCUUUCCCUGCGCUGGGAAGGGGGGCCAGGAGUCCCCACGAAGCUGAGGAGUCUGAAGCCUGUCCCACGGGCUGCUCUGAGGCGUGGAAAUGUCCAGCUUCAAAUGUAUAAGUCAAGCGCUCCUAUUUUUUCUACAAAACUUUUGAAAUCUGGGAUUUGUGGGUAAAUGGACAUCCAGACAUAAAAAGAAAAGGCUGCAAAGCUCUGGAUAAAGUGUACCGUACAAUACAUAAGUGCUCUAAGGGCGAAAAAAAUACAGUGAAUAAACUGUAGAUUCAACCUCAAGACUUCAGUCGAAUAACUUUGUGGCAUUAUAUGCAAAUUAUCUCCAUUACCUUGGGAAUGUAAUACGUUCAAUGUUAAGGCUGUAGUUGAUGUUGUGUCUUCAAAGCUGCUUUUUUGUUCGUUUGUUUUUUUUAAGAGUUGUACAUCUCAGCAUUUUUACUGCUAUUUAGUCGUGGCACCUACACUUUGUAUGAGCAAAGAUGGAGCUAGCUUUACAUUUCAAAUUUGAAAUUACUUCUAAUUUUAUAGAAACAUAGAAAGGAAAUGUUAUUAAGAACACAAAAAUGUGAACUAUGCUUGAUUAAAGAAAAAUGAAAAAGCCCACCAUCAAACAAAAAGCACCUGCAGUGUUUUCAGAGUGCUUCUGUCAGAAGUGGGCACGCUCGUAUAGGGUUCGGAUGAAAAAUAUUUGAAAUGGGAGCAACCGAAUAUUGUGGAUUGAGUGUGGGCUUUGGGUUUUUUCAGCUUCCAAGCCGAAUUUGUCCGCAGCCAAUUUCACAGCUGGAAUUGGCUGGUAUCGAGCUAAUGUUUCAUUUCACAAUCUAGUCUUCGUUUCAAUUUGUGCCCAUAUGCCCAUUAAAGUUCAUGAACUAUUAGACUUCAAAUUGUUUCAAUAUUGUUUAUUUUAUUAAAGGUUUACAUUGUCAAAAGUAGUAAAAGAGUAACUAUCAAUUCCAGUGCUGCUAUACUACCAGGAUAAUCUGAAUGGGUUUUAUUUUUUAAUACCUUCCAAUGGCAAAAGUUUCUUAAAGCUGCUUUAGAAAUAAUAUGAAGACGACACAUGAUACACGUUUAAAUAAAUACUGAGGAUUUUGUGUUCUGUUGUGUCUACUCACUGGACUUCCCAGUGUAUUCGUUAAUACCAGGCAAAAAGAAGAGUCAUGAUGACUGUUGAUGAUUUUAUUUUAUUAAAGAGCUAAUGGAGUUUCCCUGUCCUGACUGCAGAAUAGUACAGUAUUGUGGCUGCAUUAGGUAUAAUGAUAGUUGAUAAUACAUUUAUUAAGAAACAUAUUAGAAACAUUGAAUGUAUAUAAAAGCUUGAACUUCUUUAAUAAAAGCCUCUCCUCUCACUCCUGCAUUUCUUUUGCAAUAAUUCCUCUCUUUCCUAUUCUUCAUUACACUUUCACGUAAGAUUUUUGUUCCCACAAAAUGCCUUAUAGACUUCCAUGCUCCAAGACUAUGCUUCAGUGAAAAAUCCAUCCUGCGUCACUAUGUAUGCACACAGAGCUGACCGCUCCCAGCAUAUCCAAGUUGUGAAAGCAAAAAAAAUAAAAAAAGAGGGACACUUCUGAAGUUGGUUAGGUGUGGAAGAUCAGAGGACAACAAAGGAAGAGGUCAAGAGGAGGGAAACAAAGAGAUCACUGCAAUGUAUCCUUGCUUAAAUAUGACUGUUACUGGGAAUUUGUUUAUCUCUCAUCCUUUCCCUUGAAAAAAGGAUGAUAUCAGGGCACAAUAAAAUAUUACAGAGACCCCACAAUUAUUCUUCGCUAUAAAACUUUGUUAAUUUGGAAGGCAGUCUUUUGCAAAACAGGAAUUCCAUAGGAAUUUAAGAGAAAUACUUGAUUUUGCUGUAUUCAAUUUAUUUGUCGUUAAUUCUUUUUCACUCCAUUUAUUAAGAAAAUAAUGACGGAAAAUAUUUUGCUUCCAAAAAAAGCCCAACCCAACAACAAAAAUGUAAGAUCUAUUAUAGAUCAGUAACUUAUGAACAGAUGGAAAAACAAGAAAAAAAUUCUGCAAGUUAAGUAUUCUGAAAUCAGAGCUGACACAGAGGACGUUUCUUAGUAGAACAAGCACUGGAUCCACCAAUGGAGCAAUGGGGCUGUUGAGGUAACAUAGAAUAUACAGAUAAGGAAAGGGGCUGGAAGAUAUGGAGAAUGACAUUGGUAGGUAAGAAAAUCUCGAGUUUCAUAUGAUGCAGGAGUUCACCCAUGAAAGUCUGAAAAUAACUUUAACUAAAACCAGCUACAAAUGUGUGCACUGCAUGACUACAAUUACUAAAACUUUUCAGUUGCAAAACUAUUUGUAAAUUAUUAUAAAACUAUCCAAUCACUAUAAAAAUUCAUCGAUUUGCUGUUGUGAUUGGGGAUUACACAGCCUUAGUAGGGUUGCGCUAAUAAGGAACAAUUAUGAAAAAACCCACAAUUGUUUCUCUGCACCUCUUUUCAGUGGUGCCUGGGGACAGGACAAGAGGUAAUGGGCACAAACUUGAACACAGGAAGUUCCAUCUCAACACGAGGAGGAACUUCCUUACUUUGAGGGUGGCAGAGCACUGGCACGGGCUGCCCAGAGAGGUGGUGGAGUCUCCAUCUCCGGAGACAUUCAAAACCCGCCUGGACGCGUUCCUGUGCAACCUGCUCUGGGUGACCCUGCUCUGGCAGGGGCCUGGACUAGAUGAUCUCCAGAGGUCCCUUCCAUCCCCUCCCGUUCUGCGAUUCUGUGAAACCAGAUGUGCAAAGGAAACACGCAGGUGAUGCAGUUCAAAGAAUACAGACCCAGUACCCCCAAUCCUUGCAUGCACACAAGCCUCCCCAGCUGAGGCACUGGGAGUCAGCUGUACGUAAGGACUGCAUGCUUUGACCCUGAAGCGUGACACUGUGCUUAGCUGUGCACCUGCACUCCGCUCCACAAACCUAGAAGUCCUAUUGAUUAAAAGUAUAGUGAAGUAGCAUGUUUAAAGCCUGUCUUUUUUUUUUCCUCUUUCUAUCUUUAAACAAGCUAGCAAAAUGAUUCAUUUGCAUUAUGAGUUAAUGGCUCAGUACUAUAUGAAAAAUUAAACAUCUUUUGAUUUAUGAAUAUAAAAAUUCUUUCUCACUGCAAAAGCCCAGCUUUGUUUUUCGUUCCUAUCUCUCUUUCAAACAAGGCUAAAUACAAGGAAGACAAAAGAGCCAAUUUAAUCUGUAUUUGGUUUAAAUCACGCUCCUAUACUAAGUUAAUGCAGCUUCAUCACACAAUGAAAUAUUUUUCAAAGUUACACAGCAUUAAGAAUUCCACACGAAAACUGUAUAUUUUUAUAAUUUAAAUAGCACAUUUUUCUCUUUUUCUUCUGAAUAUUUGAAUUUUAAUUAUCACCAGCAUAAAUGUACAUAAGCAGAUAUCGUUUAUCCAGUACCUUUGGAUGAUGUAUGUAUGGUAAUGUAGUUUGUCAGUUUAUCAUCAUUUAAUAUGAUUAUGUCGUUCUUUGUCUUUAAAAUGUUAUAAGAACAUGCUGCCAUUAAACUUACCAUGUUUGUCUAGUUAAUAUUGUGAAAAAAUAAUAAAGCACA